UCUGCUCUCUGCAGUUUAUUUCUACUGUAUUUUCCCAACAUCAGCAGCAGUAUUGGUUACCAUGGCCCCGGGCUAUGUGCAGAGGUGGGAAAGCUUCAUCCGCCCAAAAGUUCUUACACUUUUGAAGUCUUUCUUUUAGUAGGAUCUGAAAUGUAUCAUCUAGAGUGUGUAUUAAAUGAACAGUAUUCCUGAAGGCUUUAGAGCAAGAAAGGCAACACCCUGGAAAAUUCUGCAGUCUUUCAGCAUUCUCUGCCCUAGGGUUAUAGCCCUGGGCACGGAGCUGAAUGGAGCUCUUACAACUGCCUUCUGUUUACCUUUUAUGGUUAAAAUAACAGCUUAGCAAAGAAGCAACUUCAUGGAGAAACGAUUCAGUGAAAUCAUCUCAAGCUGUAGCAGCAUAGCUAGUUUAAUCACCCCUAGAGAGCUGAACAACUGUGAGCACAAUGGGACACAAAAUCAUUUUGUGUGUAAAUGAGCAUGGCAUUGUGAUUAUUUCACUUUGCAUGGGCAAAUAGUUUUUACAAGCAGUACUUAUGCAGUUAGCUUAGAAAGGCAGAAAAAGAUAAGCUGGCUCUGAAAGAUCUUGGUGUGCAAUGUUUGAAAAACUAAAUAUUCAGAUAAUUUGGGAAGCGGGCUCUAUUGAUUUUGCCUUCAGCAGGUUCCUGUGUUACUGAUUAGAGCAGGGUUAUUGCCUGUGCCACUAGUUGGGAUGCUGUAUCCUGUCGUAGGCAACUAAAGAGCAAGGAUUAUUUUACAUGGUUUAAUAAACGACUUUUGUUAGUGUUCCUACAAUAGUUACCCUUAAGGUUUUAAUUUUCACAUCAGUAUUAGAAAAUACGUGCAUAAAGACUUUCACUGGAUAAAUACAUUUAAGGUUUUGCUUUGUGCAUAAAAUAAGUGCAUUACUCAGUGUGAUCAAUUUUAUCUGUGUUUUACAUUAAGGGAGAGGAAGGAGUCCUUAGAAAUAGUGGUACUGUACCUUAGGAAACAAGAGUGCUUAUUUUUUGGAGCACUACAAGUGUUUUCAGUGUCCUUACGCUCAACAAUUACGCCCCCUGAUAAUCUGCUCAUAGGAAAUGACUGAACUCCACAACUCUCAUAAACACGUUGGGUUCAUUUUUAAUACCAGUCCUCUCUGAGCAAGGGAAAAGCCCGUGUUCUGAUUCCAUCUCCUCCCCCAAAAAGCCGGUAGCAUCCUCAGUAAGUACGAAAAGCCAUAAAAGUUUGAGAACUAUUUUAGCUUUCCAGUGAUUUUCUAUAAUUAAGUGUUUUUUCAACACAUGCUCUAGCUGAGAGAUGCCAAAAGCAGAGGAUUGUUCAAAAGGUCCCUCCAGUGAAUAGUAUAAAUUAAAUAUCUACUGUGUGAGUAUGGCCUCUCUGAGAAUCUCAGACUUUUUACAGAUCAAGGAAUUUACUGGUAUACUAACAUUAAACAAAAUCCUAAGAUAGCAGCCGUGCUUAAAUAUGCACAAAUAGGUUCGGAUCACUUGAUCUUUAGCUAUCUGUGCAUAUUUUAAAAUAAAAGUCUGUAUUUCAAGACAAAUGGUUAAAUGUAAGACUCGUUUACAGAGGACUGGAAGCCCUUUGAUUUCAUUUGGAAAUUGUAACAAGGGGUGCAGAUGAGCCCUAAUUAGGCACUUGUUUUGUGAAACUGCAUGAGAUGUGUUUCUAAGGCAGCUCUGUGCUGCGCGAGGUCUGUACCUUUAUCAUUAGUGAUAAUAGUUAGGGUCUGAACAAAGACAGGGUUGACAUUCAGCCUGUGUCUCCUGACCCUUUCAUUUAAGUGAGGGAGCACAGACUGAAUAUGAGUUCGCAGUGCUCUUUGGUAAGAAAGAAAAAUCUUUGUGUUGGCAGACAGAUGAGGCACCCACAGACUGGUAAACAGAGCGCUAAAAUCCUGCAGGUACUUACAUACUAAGUUGCUUUUGAAAGUUAGUUCUUUUAUUUAUGCUAUACGACCUAUUUACUGAAGCUUGCCCACAACAAGCUCUUGUGGGAAACAAGAAAGCAGCGUCUUGAGUCAUGAAAGGAUUCAAUCACUUUCCUUGAAGGUGGUGCUGUAGCAAAAAUGUUAAUGCCCAAUUUCACAUCGACUGACACAGAAGUCCUAGGACAGAGCUGGCAUUUGCUUCGUGCUCAGUGCAGAGGUCCAUUCUGCCUCCGAAGAGGAAAGGAUGUGGAUUCAUAAUGGGGAGGGAAGAAGCAUGUCCCGUCUGUCUCUAACACGGUCCCCAGUUUCUCCUCUGGCUGCUCAAGGAAUUCCUCUCCCAGCCCAGCUCACCAAGUCGAACGCUCCUGUGCACAUCGAUGUAGGAGGACACAUGUACACCAGCAGCCUGGCUACCCUGACCAAGUACCCAGACUCCAGAAUAAGUCGUCUGUUUAAUGGCACAGAGCCUAUUGUCUUGGACAGUUUAAAACAACAUUAUUUCAUUGAUCGAGAUGGUGAAAUUUUCAGAUAUAUAUUAAGCUUCCUAAGGACAUCUAAGCUACUGCUCCCAGAAGACUUCAAGGACUUUAAUCUUUUAUAUGAAGAAGCAAAGUAUUACCAGCUGCAGCCAAUGAUUAAGGAACUUGAGCGAUGGAAACAAGAGAAAGAACAAAGGAAACAUUUCCAGCCUUGUGACUGCUUGGUUGUAAGAGUGACUCCAGAUCUGGGGGAAAGAAUUGCACUGAGUGGGGAGAAAGCUUUGAUAGAAGAGAUCUUCCCUGAGACGGGGGACGUCAUGUGCAACUCUGUAAACGCAGGCUGGAACCAAGACCCUACCCACGUUAUUAGGUUUCCUUUGAACGGAUACUGCCGGUUGAACUCAGUGCAGGUGCUCGAAAGAUUAUUUCAGAAGGGAUUUAACAUGGCAGCUUCCUGCGGUGGCGGGGUGGAUUCCUCUCAGUUCAGUGAAUAUGUGCUGUGUCGUGAAGACAGACGACCACAACCCACUCCAACGAUCAGAAUAAAACAGGAGCCCCUGGACUAGACCCUACCUGUACUCCUUUGUAACCAUAGAAGUGUUUAAUAGUCCCUUAUGUGAAACACUAAGGAUUUGCAAAACAGUAUUAGCAAACAGAUUUUGACUUUAUGUUGCCAAUUAGUGGUAUUCUGAAACUACCUGUCACAUAGCCAGCCAUGAAAUGCAUUUGAAAAACCAGUUGUCUGCUCUCCACGAUGAAAUUACUGAGCAUGCUCAGCAUACCGGGCUCGGUGGGAACGUACUUUGAGCUGAACAGCUGCAGUGGUGAAAAAGGCAAAGCUUUGUACAACCCUGACCCCAGAACGGACUUCUGCAGAAAGAGCAAUUAAAGCAAUUUGAAUCUAUCAGCAGGAGAAGCGACUCCAACAGCCUUCCCAGCAACAGCCCGAGACGUGACGCGCAGAAGUGCGGCCUCCGAGAGGAAGGUGGUACAUUACAAACUGCACUGAGAGCCCUCCCUGGCUGCCAUACCUCCUCAUAUCAGAUGUGCUUUACACCUCCGUACGUUACAUUACACUUCUGUGAUUGUACUCAUUCAUGCUCGCAAAUGGCUUAUUUUUAUACAACAUUUCCAACUGAAAUAUCUUUCUGUGGACAGAAUCUAGAAUCAGAAAAGGACCGAUUUAUAGUCAACUGGUGCUCAGUACUGAAAAACAAGCAAACAGACCAAACAAAAAAAAGCAACAAAAAAAUUGAGAAGGCCAGUUAUGGCAAUACAUGCAAAAGUAGGGAUUUGGAAGCACAAGAUAAAACUCUGUCAAACAAGGGCCACAUACCUAUGGUGGAGCUGUAGCUCUCUCAAAGCCAGUCAUGUUUUGACUCAGAAACUAAGUUUUGCAUCGUCAAAGAAUUGUGGCUGUGCCAAGCAAGCUCUGCCACCUCUUGUUCAUUUAUGAACCGUGUUUAUGGGGACAACCAGCUCUUUAUGGGUCUGGAAUUUUUUGCAAAAAGUUGUUAAAACCCUCUACCUUCCACUGUCCGAUGAAAGCAGGCCAUGGUUUGUUUAGAUUGUUUUUCCUCUAUAUUUUAAACUUAUUAUUAAAAUGCCAAUUGUGUAUCUGCCCUCUGUUUUUCUCUUCAAACAAGCCCACUGUCUGUAGGAGGUUACUGCUCCUCUCAUGAACCAGUAUCAACUCUGACUUACAGGGCUUCCUAACUCAGGAGACAGCACCGUUUGCAGGUGCAAGGUUAUAAAUAGCAUUCUGCUCAAUCCUCCUUAUUGCUGUUCAGCACGAUUGGGUCCUCAGUAACUAAUUCAUGUGUUAAUCACAACUUAGUUUCUCCCACAUUCAUUUAUAGAAUGCUGUUGUAGAUGCUGAAUUCUAAUUAAACGUUUUAGAUGCGUAAAUACGGCCAUACAUGACAGUAUUUGAAGGUUAACAAUUCUUUAACACCAAAAGAUUACAAUCAGGCAAAAUAAAGAUUCAAGUUUAAGACUGAUGAGUUUGAAGUGAUGAGUUGUACUGAAUAUGCAAAGCUGCAGCCUGGGCAGAGGUCUGCUUUUCCGGAUAAAUGUGGGAUGUCCCAUCCAUGGAAAAUCAGACCUCAGCAGGCGUUUUGUUUUUAACCCUGGUUGCCCAAACCAGAAAUCCCUUAGGAAAUCCUUAGCCUAUACAUAUUGACCUGCUAACUUAGCAAAACAGUUGAGCAAAUCUGUCUACUUCAAAAGAGUUGUAAAGUUAUUUUAUUUUGUGGUUUUAUACUUGUAUGACACUCUAAGGUUCCUAGGCAUUGCCAUAUUUGAAUAUAUGGCACGACAUUCACCUUUGUAUGUAAGAUAUCUGUAGAAUUGUAUAUUAUACAUUUAAUAUUGUAAAGAACUUAACGUAUAAUUGUCAUGUAUUUGUGUAUGCACAUUUCUUAUACAGUACUUCAUGCCAUAAACAUUUCUGUAAAGUAAAUGAUCAAAAAUAAGCAAGUGGGGUGGAACACUCACUGUAUCUCCCACGUUGUGUGAAAGGUGAGAAGCUCCGAUUGCGUCUCCUCUGGCCUUUUGCUCCAUUCAGCUUGAUGUAGCCUCGUCUUACAAAAAGAGAAGGAAAAAAUGGUUUUAUUUAUUACUGUCAUACAUUGAGUUGACUUGAAGUUCAAAAUAUUCUUAAAUAAUCCAUUCUGCUCCUUGUUUCUAUCCCAUGUAUGCUUUUGUCCUGCAUUCCUGACUGGGGAGACUUAGUACUAGCAGAGGCUGAAUGCUCACCUGUGCACCCUCCUCCUUUCAUUACCUCUCAGCCAGGAGAUGAAGGCGGAUAUGUCACACUUCUGUUUUUAAACGCCCCGCUCUGCCAUUCCUACUCAGGCAAAGCCACCAUGGAGAUGCACAUGGGUUGUCUGCCAGCAGAAGCGGCCGCCACGUCCCUGCACGGUGCUGAGCAUGGCCCACUUGCACUGAAGUUGCAGGCAGCCAGCUCUCUUACACGCUGGGAAGGAAGCAGGGUGUUUUUAGGUGCAUGUAGGCAGUCAUUGGAAGUUUUUGUGGUUGGCUGGUUGUUUUUUCUUCGCUUUGGUGUUUACCGUUCGUUUCGCAGCUCAGUCAGGCAGCUCCGGUACUCACAGCAGAUUGCAAAGGUGGCAUCGUGAGAAGUUCCAGGCCGCACCAGCUGCGUUCAUGUGAACUUGAGACGGAAAGUUUGAGCCACGACAUCACAGCACUGACUGCAGAACAGCACUAAGGCAAGGAAGACAUGUGGAAACAAUCACUUGGUUAGAAGAAAUAUGCCUUUAAAAAAAAAAAGUUAAGCUAGGACAUGUUUUUUUAGUUAGUAACUUCAGGUCACUCAUUUAAAGUUUAUUACAGUUUCAUUUGUAUCUUUUUUACUUCUUUCCCUGUGUUCUUAGGCAGCAAAAUCAGCAAAAACCAAUCUGAAUUUUUUACUUCUGGCCUUAUAUGAUAGCAACGUAACUUAAUCAAGGACAUCGCGUUGCGUCACUAAAACAGGUUUUAAAAUAUCACCGAAUCUCCAAUAAAACCGGUGUGCAGCCAGCAGAUGUUUUCAUUACAAAGGCCAAAAAGCAAAUGUAGCUUGGUUUUAGCCUGAUGUGAUGGAACAGAAUUGUUCUGACCCUUUUUUUUUUGCUGAGCACCGAAGCUGUGGCUUAAAGAACGGUCUUUGCCAGCCCUCUUUGUUCAACUCCAUGGCACUGCUCUGCUCCCAAGUCUGAAAAGAAGUGGAAGAAAGUUAUGUUGUGCUUAUUGGACCGAUUGCCCUUGAAAAGGCAACUGUUGAGUGCAUUCAUUCACUGCAUUAAUAGCAUCGAGGUUUGUUGACAAUUUUAUUAGAUAUUUGACAAAGGAUAAGAAUCAGCACAACAAAACAUCGAAGUAUUUGGUUUUAAUAUUUCUUUGUGGGUAUCCUGUUAAUAUUUUAAUGCAAAAUGUUUCUGAACAGUGCUUAAGAACUACCAGACAAUGUGAAAUUCAUGUUUGAUAAAUUAAUGCUAUGUCACUC